GAAAAGGAAAUCGCAGAGCAAGCUGAGCUGAGAAAGAUGAGGAAAUUGAAGCAGUUCAUAGCAGGGGAUGAGGAUGGCGACAGGGGAGAGAGCUUUUUGGAGGAAGAUUCAGAUGGGUCUUGUUCCCUCACUGCAACGCAGAGAAUGUACGCAUUCGCGGCUUGCCUUGCUGCUGGUCUGGCUUUCAUGUUUCUGUCAUUGAUUGUGUUUGUGAAACCCAUCAAGUUUGCCUUGUUGUUCACUUUCGGCAACAUAUUUGCUGUUGGAAGCACAGCCUUUCUCAUUGGAACUGGGCAGCAACUGACCAUGAUGUUUGACUCCACCCGUGUGUAUGCAACUUCCAUAUACCUUGGAUGCGUCGUAAUAUCACUUAUCUGCGCCCUUUUGAUCCACAACAAGAUUUUGACAUUGAUUGCUAUAGUAUGUGAAAUAUGUGCCCUGAUUUGGUACAGUUUGAGCUACAUUCCUUUCGCCCGAACGAUGCUGUCCAAUUUGAUGGUUCGUGUCUUUGACACAGAACUAUGACCAACCGGCAUUUCUCUCUCGCCAGGAGUUCCUUUGCUUCAUCAUUUUCAGAUGGUUUCUGACUUCACCUUGUGUUCCCCUCAUCAUUUCAUUUGUAUAACGACGAUGCAUUUGAGUGCCAGGGAGAAGAAAUGCAGCACCAUGCCUCUUGCCAUUUGCUAUGUGCAAUGCAGUACUUGGUCUUUCUUUCUUUUGGACCCCUCCUCUACAUGAAUUGCUUUGCCGGGCACUGAAGAAACAGAUUUAGCAAUGUACCCUGUUAUCGAAUUGGGUUCUCGACGAUUGGGCUGGGCUUCUUGGAACCAAGCGCUCUUGAAACUUUUCUAAAUCAGACAAGCUAAAAGCUAUGGAUCACUCAAACACCCAAGUCCAACAAGCUCGUCCAAGCCAUGUGCUUAUACAAGGUGUGCCGUAAAGUAGCUCACUCUUUGAGGGAGGAAAUGGCAGGCAAAUCCAUGUCCACGUCAGCUUUUCCCUCUAUUUGGACAGGCAAAUGUACAGUACUAAACAUAGAAAGUGUGCUUGUAUUGUAAUAGGGGGCACAAUGACAAAACUGGACUAGGAAGAAAAGCAGAGAAAGACAGAUGGUCACAGUAGAGCUAGAACAGGUUUGCCUUGGAUGGGCCAGAUGGAGGAACAAGAAGAAGGAAGUUAUUAAUAUAUUUGCCUUGCUUCUGCAGAAAUGGGCCCAAGAAAAUAAACAAAGGGAAAGGAUGUGAACAUCGAG